GGCGCCGGGGCCCGUGCUCGCUCGCCUGGCUUUUGUUCCCGGCCUCUGACUCCUGACGGGGCCGUGGCUGUGGGAGGCCGCGGGGAGGCCGCUGCGCCCCUGCCCGUCUCCAGCCGUGCUUGGCGGGAACUUCAGGCGCGGGGCCCCCGCUCAGUGCCCGCCAACUGGGGGGCUCCUGCCCGGGCGGCCAUGCGGCUGCGCGCCCUGACCUCGGGGCCGCCUGGAGGCUGUGCUCCCCAGGCCCGGCCGCGCCGGCACCCACGCCAGCCGGAGGAGUUCACGAGCCUGCACAGCUUUAAGAACAAAGUCUUUAAAAAGCCCAAGGUCUGUGGGGUUUGCAAGCAGAUUAUCGACAGCCACGGGAUUGUAUGCCGAGCCUGCAAGUACUGCUGCCACAGGAGAUGUGAAGCCAAGGUGGUGACUCGCCGCUGUGCGCAGGGGCGCUUGGAACAGGCUCCCGGGGGUGGGACCCCUGCACCAUCCGCUGCUCUCGGCUGUGCCAGACCAUCCAGGCCCACGGGGCCGAGCCCCACCAUGGAGGACGGACGCGAGCUGGACCUCACCUACAUCACCGAGCGCAUCAUCGCGGUGUCCUUCCCCGCCGGCUGCUCGGAGGAGUCCUACCUGCACAAUCUGCAGGAGGUGACGCGCAUGCUCAGGUCCAAACACGGAGACAACUACCUGGUACUGAAUCUUUCCGAAAAGAGAUACGACCUCACGAAGCUGAACCCAAAGAUCCUGGACGUGGGCUGGCCGGAGCUCCACGCGCCGCCCCUGGACCAGGUGUGCACCAUCUGCAAGGCGCAGGAGUCCUGGCUCAACAGCGACCCGCAGCACGUGGUGGUCAUCCACUGCAGGGGCGGCAAGGGACGCAUCGGCGUGGUCAUAUCCUCCUACAUGCACUUCACCAACGUGUCGGCCAGCGCCGACCAGGCCCUCGACAGAUUUGCGAUGAAGAAGUUCUACGACGAUAAAGUCUCGGAUUUAAUGCAGCCUUCCCAGAAACGGUACGUGCAGUUUCUCAGCGGGCUCCUGUCGGGGACGGUGAAAAUGAACGCCUCGCCACUCUUCCUGCAUUUUGUCAUCCUGCACGGCACCCCCAACUUCGACGCGGGCGGAGCGUGUCGGCCCUUUCUGAAGCUCUACCAAGCCAUGCAGCCCGUGUACACGUCGGGGAUCUACAACAUUGGCCCCGAAACCCAGAGCAGGAUCCCCAUUGCCAUCGAGCCUGCCCAGCUGCUGAAGGGGGACAUCAUGGUGAAGUGCUAUCACAAGAAGUACCGCUCGGCCACCCGCGAUGUGAUCUUCCGCCUGCAGUUUCACACGGGCGCCGUCCAGGGCUACGGCCUCGUGUUCGGGAAGGAGGAUCUGGACAACGCGAGCCAAGAUGACAGGUUUCCUGAUAACGGCAAGAUUGAGUUGCUUUUCUCCGCCACUCCCGAGAAGAUUCAAGGGUGUGAACACUUGUGCAACGACCAUGGAGUGAUUGUGGACUUCAACACAGCAGACCCUCUGAUCCGCUGGGACUCGUACGAGAGCCUGGGCGCAGGGGGAGAAGUGUCGCACACGCAGGGCCCCGUGGAUGGCAGCCUCUACGCCAAGGUGAGGAAGAAGAGCGCCUCGGACCCCGGCGUCCCCAGCGGGCCCGGCCCGGCCACCAGCAGCCCGGAGCACGGCGACCACACCCUGUCGGUCAGCAGUGACUCGGGCCACUCCAGCGCCUCGGUCAGGACGGACAGAACGGAGGAGCACCCGGCUGCAGGGCCCAGGCGGGGCCUGAGCCCCCAGGAGAAGGCGGAGCUGGACCAGCUGCUCAGCGGCUUUGGCCUGGACGACCCCGGGAGCCCCCUCCAGGACAUGACCGAUGCCCCCGGCAAGUACAGCGGCACACGCCACGUCGUGCCCGCCCAGGUCCACGUGAAUGGGGACGCCUUGCUCAAGGACCGGGAGACGGACAUCCUGGACGACGAGAUGCCGGGCCAUGACCUGCACAGCGUGGACAGCAUCGGGACCCUGUCCUCCUCGGAGGGACACCAGUCGGCCCACCUGGGCCCCUUCGCUGGCCACCAGAGCAGCCAGCACUCCCUCCUGUCGGAUGCCUUUGGCAGCAGCCCCGGAGACGAUGCGCACGGCAGCCUUGCCCCUGACCUGAGCCUAGGCGUGGACCCCGUGUACGAGCGGGAGCGGCCUUUCGCAACCCGGGAGGCCAAGCAGCCGCAGCCCGUGCUCCGGAGACCCUCCGUGUCCGCACAGACGCAGGCCUACGUGCAGAGCGGCUACUCCACGCAGACCUGGGUGCGCCAGCAGCAGAUGGUGGCCGCCCACCAGUAUGGCUUCACUCCCGACGGGGAGGCCAGGCUCGUAGGCCGCGGCCCGGAGGACGGGUCCGGCCUGGGCCAGGCCCAGCCCAGGGUUCCCGUCACCCCCACCCGGGGCAGCGGCAGCAGAGUGGCCCUCCAGAGGGGUGUGGGCCCCACUCCCCAUCUCCCCGACGCACAGCGGCCCCCUCCCGGCAAAGCGCUCAAGCCCAGGUUUCCAGACAGAGUCGUGAAUGGGACCGGACCGGAGCCCAGCGCAGACCCGGCGCCAGGCUCGCCUACCCUGGACAUCGACCAGUCCAUCGAACAGCUGAACAGGCUCAUCUUGGAGCUGGACCCGACUUUUGAGCCCAUCCCCACCCACAUGAACAUGCCGGGCGGCCAGGCCAACGGCCCCGUGCCUCCCAACAGCGUGGGAGGCGGGCUGCGGGCGGGCGGCCUGCAGGACGCGGGCGAGGUCCCGGGCAGAGGCUCUCUGCGGCCAGGCUCCUUGGGUGACGAGCCGUUGGGCGGAAGAUUCCGGAAGCUGAGCCUUGGGCAGUACGACAACAGUGCUGGGGGGCAGCCGGCCUUCCCCAAGUGCGGAUGGGGAAAGGCCCCCGGUGCAGAACAGGCUACCAGCCUGGCUCCCUUCCUCUCUGCAGCGGACACCAAGGAGACGGUGGCCCCCGCGUACCCCCCAGACCCCGACGGGAUCAGCGGCAGGACCUUCUCUCCGGCCAAGAGUGGCAGCGACUCCUCCGCCUCUCCCACGCCGGCCUUUCCCGUGUCUCCAGAAACCCCGUACGUGACGACGCCCCCGCAUUACCUGCCGUUCACCCCGCCGGGGCCGCAGCUGGGCAGCGCCAGCAGCCUGUACAGGGGGGCCCACGAACCCCGAGGCUGCCCUGAGGUCCUGCACCGCGCCGUGGGGAUGUCCGGGAGCCCCGUGGGGCCCAAACCCACAGCGCUCCGGGCCGACGCGCCGGCGGCACCUGCCUUCCAGCGGGCGUUCACGGCCUCCUGCACCAUCUCCAGCAGCAGCCCUGCCCAACGGCGGGACAGCCCUUCGUCUGGCGAGCUCCUGUGGGUGGACGGCAGCCCCAAAGCCACGCUGGCUGUGCUGGGGGGCAGCCGGCCGGCAGGAGGCCUCCUGAGCCCCGGCCCUGACGGCCCCGGGCGGCCCCACCUCCUGCCCACGGAGCUCCAGGCCUCUUUCCACAACCACCAGCCGUCCCUGGCAGAGCCCCCCGAGGCCCUGGGCCCCCCGGGUGGCCAGGCCUUCCUGAGCUUCGGCCCUGGCCCUGUGGGUGGCGGCCUUCCCCCCGGCGAGGACCCAGGAGCCCUGCUGGCAAAUUCCCAUGGAGCGCCCCAGGCCCCCAGCACCCCGGGGACGGUGGUUGCUGCCGAUGACGGCUUCCUGCCCCACGGCUUUCUCACGGGGACGCCUGGGCACGGCGACCACCACAGCCCGGUCCUGCCGGGCCAGAGCCUGACCCUGCCCGGGCAGCCACCCCUUCCCGAGAAGAAGCGAGCCUCGGAGGGGGACCGGUCUGCGGGCUCAGCCUCCCCGUCCUCCAGCGGCUUCUCCAGCCCCCACAGCGGGAGCACCAUGAGCAUCCCGUUCCCCAACGUCCUCCCGGACUUCCCCAAGGCCUUGGAGGCUGCAGCGCCUUCCCCAGAUAACCCAGGUGAUAAGCAUGUGUCCGUGAACUUUGUCCAAGACACGUCCAAAUUCUGGUACAAGGCGGAUAUCUCCCGAGAGCAAGCCAUCGCCAUGCUGAAGGACAAGGAGCCUGGGUCAUUCAUCGUCAGGGACAGCCACUCCUUCCGAGGAGCCUACGGCCUGGCCAUGAAGGUGGCCACGCCUCCCCCUUCUGUCCUGCAGCUCAACAAGAAAGCAGGCGACCUGGCCAACGAACUUGUGCGGCACUUCCUGAUCGAGUGUACCCCAAAGGGAGUGCGGUUGAAAGGGUGCCCCAAUGAGCCCUAUUUCGGGAGCCUGACGGCGUUGGUGUGUCAGCAUUCCAUCACGCCCCUGGCUUUGCCUUGCAAGCUGCUCAUCCCAGACAGAGAUCCGUCGGAGGAGGUAGCGGACACGUCUCCCCAGACGGCGGCCAACUCCGCCGCAGAGCUGCUGAAGCAGGGGGCAGCCUGCAACGUGUGGUACCUGAACUCCGUGGAGAUGGAGUCCCUCACGGGCCACCAAGCCGUCCAGAAGGCGCUGAGCCUCACCCUGGUGCAGGAGCCGCCGCCCAUGUGCACCGUCGUGCACUUCAAGGUGUCGGCACAGGGCAUCACCCUGACGGAUAACCAGAGGAAGCUCUUCUUUCGGAGACACUACCCCGUGAGCAGCGUCAUCUUCUGCGCGCUGGAUCCGCAGGACAGGAAGUGGAUCACAGACGGCCCCUGCUCAAGAGUCUUCGGGUUUGUGGCCCGGAAGCAGGGCAGCGCCACGGACAACGUGUGCCACUUAUUUGCGGAGCACGACCCGGAGCAGCCCGCCAGCGCCAUUGUCAACUUCGUGUCGAAGGUCAUGAUCGGCUCCCCUAAGAAGGUCUGAGCCCCCCCGCCGCCCGCCCCAGCUGGAGAUGCGACAGGGACCCGGGCGCCCGCCGGGCGGCGCUGGCGAGCCUGACGCCCCAGCCCCAGGACGGGAAGCCGGCUCCUCUCCGGCUUUACAGACACGAGGUCAUGCGGGCCGUGUGCUGUCCUUCCCUCAACGACUGCUCACCGACACCUCCCUGGGGCGGACGCUGCGCUCCGGGCCUCCGGGCCUUGCAGGGAGCCCCUUGCAUGCCGACGGCGGCGGUGGGAGCCGCUGCACAGUGGCCCUGGGCAACGGACAGGGCCCCGUCCUCCCGCCUCCCCGGGGCAGGCCUGUUUUCCCCGCGGCAACGCUAGGGGCCCCGGGGGGGGGGACGUGAUGGCUGCGAGGACCAGGAAGGCCCCCGGUCGCUGGGGGGCCCCGUACAGCCCCAGAGCCGCGGCCCCCGGAGGCCAGUGGACGCUCCCCCUCCCUUCCCCGGGGGCAGAGUCGGCCCCGUGAGCAGUUGGCCCCGCCUCCCCAGCCCGCUGCGCGGUGGAGGAAGGGAGGCCCGUCGCGAGGCUCCGUCCCCCGGGCUGGGAGCCGAGUCCCGAGCGCUCUUCCUGCCGAGGACCCCGUGCGGCCCGGGGAGGCCUCCUGAGCGGCCCCAGCCCGUGGGCGGCCCCCGCCCGACCUCGCAGAAGCAAGCGGGGUGGCCGUGCCGGCGUCCCGCUCCCCGAUGCCCCAGAUGCAAGUGCCUCACUUCUGUGCCAAAUGUUUGCCUUGGUCUUCGCGGACCUUCUCCCUCCCGGGGGCCGGGUCCUCAGCAGGGGCGGCCGGCGCCUGGGGAUUCCGGGACCCGAGGUGCAUCCCCAAGGGGCACCCCCUCCUGAGACGCCUUGUGCGCAGCUCGGCCCACCUGCCCGGUCCCUCGGCCUUCAGGUGAUGGAAGAGGCGGCUCGCUUAGAAACCAGAGCGAGGGGAGUGUGGGCUUCCCGGCUGCUCCGUGUCCAGAACAUUCCAGAAGCUGCCCUCCCUUGCCUUGUAAGCAGACUGGCCCGCUGUGGCCUCUGCCCCCCGCGGUCAGGGCAUCAGGGAGUGGGCUCCGCCUCCACCGCCGGGGAAGCCCAAUCCCCGAUUCCCGACGAGCCGGUACGACAGGUGUCUCCCCGUGCUACACGUGCGUGACACAGAGCGAGAGGAGGCCGCCAGCGGGGCUUGGGACCGCGGUGAGCCCCACCCCCACGUGGGUGUGGGGACGCUUUGCCCCGGGCAGGGGCCCCGGUCCCAGGGAGGCCGCGAGACCUGCUCACCGCGGGGUCGUGCCCCGGGUCCUGCCUGCCCGCCCGGCGGCCCGGAGCCGUGCUCCUCCAGUGUUAGCGCGCAGCCUUGGGAAGUCACCGCGUCGGGGGCCCCGGGUCUCGGCGUGCAGGACCUCACGUCUCCGCAGCCGCCUUAGUAGUGCGCGUUUUUACUUUUCUUACGUUGUAAAGAAUAUACCCAGUAUGUAAAUGAAUGUUCUAUAAGCCCUUUGUAUAGUCAUUUUCUCUGCUUUUCAGAUAUCGUCUCUAUUCAAAGUAUAAUAAAAUAAUAAACGUGGU